AGCAUUUAUUUUCGGAUUUUGUCGCCGAACCAAAGUUUAAAAGCUAUCAUUGCGGAAUGGCACGAAGUAUUCUAAUCUUACUGUCUUAGUCUUUAUAAAUUUUCCUACGGAAGAAGCAAUGUAUUUUUGGUCAUGAAGCUUUUCUUUCUUCACCCGUGUCAUCAGUGGUCCUGCAAGUGUACAUAUGAAUAAUUCAGACAAUUGAACCACAUGCAUUGAUGGGACACAGCCAAUUUGCAUGAAUCGCAGCAAUAGGAAUGGAAGCUACUGGCUUCGGAAACGAGCCGUAGGGAAUUCCAAACCAGUUUCAAGAGUUGCCACAAGCACCACAACAAGACCAGUCACUCGAUCUGCAAAAGCCAAAGCUAAGACCAUGUUGUCACAUGUGCCACUGGCCACCGAAGAGGAAUGUGUGGUGUCUGUCCCAGAUGAGGAGUCGUCGGACUCAUCAGAUGAGAGUGACUGUGAGAAGAGCUUGAAUCCUGAAGAGACGGCUGCCAUUCCAACUGAGCUUGAAAUUGAUGUGGUUUCCUCAGAUGAGCCUGCAGAAAUAGAAGAGGUUGUUCCUCAAGAGAAUGCUGAUGCACAGGAACAGCAGCAGAAGCAGCAUGUUGAGGAAGAGACAGACAUUGAUUCAGGUGGUCCAAGCUUCUCCCAUACUGCAGCAGAGCAAGCUGAACGCUUUGUACGCAAAGUGAAAGAAGCAGCCUGGCGCUGGCGUGUGACCCAUCAUCACCUUCUUCCUGAUUGGCUCAAGGACAAUGACUUUCUUCACUUUGGCCACCGCCCCCAGAUCCCAUCCUUCAAAAGUUGUUUUGGCUCCAUCUUCAGAAUCCAUACAGAGACGGGGAACAUUUGGACACAUCUGAUUGGAUUUAUUGCAUUUGUUAUCCUGAUGAUCUAUUUCCUGGUGGCUUCCAUCAAUGACCAAGAGAAAUGGGAGAAGAUUGUUGUUUACAUGGCCUUCUUCACUGGCGCUGUCCUUUGCUUGUUCUUCUCCUGGGUGUUCCAUACUGUCUAUUGCCACUCUUCUAAAACAUCACUACUAUUCAGCAAACUUGAUUAUUCAGGGAUCUCUCUGCUGAUAGUGGGUUCCUUCAUUCCAUGGCUAUAUUUUGGCUUCUAUUGCCAAAGCACUCUGCGCUAUGUCUACAUAUCCCUGAUUGUGAUUCUUGGUCUGGUCUGCAUGAUUGUGGCUCUACGUGACCAGUUCAGCACAAGGAAAUUCCGUGCUCUCCGGGCAGGUUUGUUUUUAGGUCUAGGGUUGAGUGCCAUCAUCCCUGCUUGUCAUUUCUUGGCCAUCAGUGGUUUUGUGGAAGCCUUCCAAAAUUGUGCAUUUGGUUGGAUACUUCUCAUGGCAGGCUUGUACAUCACAGGAGCCAUUUUUUACGCUGUGCGUAUACCUGAGCGAUUCUUCCCUGGCAAGUGUGACAUAUGGUUUCACAGUCACCAGUUUUUUCAUGUUCUGGUUGUGGCAGCAGCAUUUGUACACUACCAUGGACUCAAUUUGAUCUCUUCAUACCGAGAAUCACUUGGACCAUGUGCUUCGGACAUCCUUGAUGAAGAGGUGCAGACAAAUGUUUUUACAGGUGAUGACCUUUAUGUAACAGUACCAAAUGUGUGAACUUGAAUGCAUUAUGUUCAGGUCUUAGAUUUUCAUGAAAUUUAAGAGGGAAUAGGUUUUUGGCCAGGAAUUUAAUACCAAAUGAUAAUGGUUUGAGCAUAAUAUAAAUAUCUUGUGUUCUUUUUCAUUGUAUGAAGUGUAACAGUUUUUGCGGUAUUUUGGAAUAGAAUGUUAAGCUCAGAUCCAUACAAAAGUAGUGAUGCAGUUAAACUAGAUUAUUUUGAGCCUAAUUUGUUGCCAUGAUCUGAUGAUGGAAAUCCCUACAGAAUACCUCAUACAUACAAUUGAUACAGGAUUUUCUCUCUGGAAAAUCUGUUUGUUUGCAUUAUUUGGUUGACAUUUUAAGGAUUAUUUACAAUGAAGAAAUUUAGAAAACCAUGUGACAUCCAUUCAACAAUAAUGUUGGUUUCUUAUUAUUGAUGGCUCACAUAUCCCCAUUGCAGUGCACUUUGAACAUUUGCCCUUCAUUUGCUUAGCUGCAUACUAUUGUGUACUUUUGUGCCCUGAAGUGCAAAGAAAGUAAGAAUCUGGCAUCUGAAACACCUUUGUCCAUAAUUCUUCAAAUUCCAAACUCACAUGUUAACACAGUUCCCUCAUUUCAAAGUGCGCAGUUUACUUGUAAGGUGUGCCAGGACAUCAUGAAGUUAGGGAUUAGAAUUGAGAUUCUAAUGGCGUUUCAUAAUUUGUCGGCAUCCAGAAAAUGCUCUUGGAGGUUACCAUCAGGAUCUCUUAAUUUGUUCCAAGUUUGUUAGUUAUUAGGGGAAACCCUCAACCAAGUUGCAGUCACCACCUCUGUGACUUUUGACUUUGAUUUCACGAUACUUAUUUCACACACGAUUUAAUGGCAGUGGAAAUACUUAAUUACCAAGUUUGAAGCUCAUUUCCAUGGAUAUUGGCAAUGCUACGCUACAUGCACUCAUGGAAAGUCAUGACAUUAGGAGAUUACAAUGUGUGUAUUUAUUCCAUACAUUUUUGGUUAUUUGAUACCACUUGUUGAGAUACUGUCUGCCUUUCAUAUUGCAGAACCCCGGGGGGGGUUGAUUUGGGAAGAGUCUUGACCUCAUCAAAUCCUAGCCAGAGACUUUGAGCUGGAUCUCAAAUUGGAGUUCAAAUGCACAUAACUAUCUCAACAUUUGACAGUCAUUUGUAGUUAGUAAUGAUAAGCAAAUGGUCAAUCUUUCUUCCUUGUGCUUUUACUGCGUUCAGAACUGCAGAAAUCAUUUCCAGUAUUUGUUAAACUACAUAUAGGAAGAAAAAGCUGGCAAUCUUUGUGAUAACAAUAAACAAAUCAACUGGAUAAUCACUGAAUUUGCUGUCUGAUGAAAGUACACAAAUACAGGUCACAAAUAAUUGUCUGGGAGCUCAUCAGUCUGUGUGUAACCUCUGUCACUGAAGGUGUGUGUCAUAGAGCCUUUACAAAUGUAAAUAUUAAUGAUACAAUACAGCUGAACUUUGUUAAUGAGAGCACUGCUGACAUGAGAUUCUGCUUAUAACAAGACAAAUUUCAGGUCCCAGUCCUGUGUUUUCAUUCCUGAUAAUACAUCGUUCCCGUUAUAAUAAGGUACAUGUUAUUGCCAAGUCCAAAGGACCUCUUAUUAACGAGGUUUGAUUGUACAUUGACAUGCCACAUGUUAAACCAAUAUAUGAUAUUACAGGGGCACUUUCAAAGUCAUGUUACAUUGAAAACUCCAUACAUUUACAUCUUUUUUUUGACUUGAUCUUAUAAUCCUGCAGUAUGUUAGUGUUACAAAUUUGUUUCUGGUCUACGUUGAUAUUAUUUGCAAUUAUGAAUUGUUGAAAUUCAAACUUGUGCAUGAAGCUAACUGGUGAAAAUAGUUCUCAUUUCUGACAUUGACAUGGUAACAGUGCUAUGUAUGUUAGGCUUGGACGGUACAGUAUUACUACACUUCAUAAAUAUUCACAAGCAAAUCGGAGCUUGUCAUUGGCCAAUUCCACCUCACGUCUGGGAAGUAGAAAUAAUACGUGACCAGGUGACGUCAUAGCGGUAAGUAUCCACCUCACUGCCAUGCGGUAGUUUUUUCUGGUAGCAUCCCUCUGGAAUCCGCCGUGCAAAUAUGUAGUCUGUGUCAUGUAAUCUUUACAGAACCAGUCUGGAGUUGUAUCCUAAUGACUAUUACAGUAAAGACCAAAAACGUAUUACAGCACCAGACCAUUAAAGCCCUGUUUCUAUGCACAUCUGCACUCCAUUAUCAUUACAUGGAAAUUUAGCAGCUGAGAAACAAUGAUGGCCUCUGUGAGUACACUAUUUAUGAAGUGUAGUAAAACAAUUACAGCAUGGUUUAUUUCAGAAAAAUACAUGUACAGUGUAGUGGAAAUUGCUGGUCCCGAGGCGUAUGUCAGCUUGACUACAGGUAGUCAAGCUGACUUAUACCUCGGGACCAGUAAUUCCCAGCUGACCUACACCUCGGGACCAGUAAUUCCCAGCUGACCUACACCUCGGGACCAGUGAUUCCCAGCUGACCUACACCUCGGGACCAGUAAUUCCCAAUAGUACCCCUCAAGCCAUGCUGUAUUUUUAUAUCACCAAAUAGUGGCGGUAUUUUUUUCAAUAUUGAAAAAUACCGACUUGUCAUGCUGGUUGUCCAUAUAUACUGAAAUACUGUUAAAUACCGCACAGAAUUUUGAUACCAUGGUACUCUUGCUAAUAUGCUUUGAAAAUAAAGGAAAUCCACCAUAUCAUUGUAUUUCACUCCAUCCUUUGUGGUACAAGUCCAGUGUCAAUCAGUAUCUACAUUGUCAUUUGGACUUAGCAACAUGAAACUUGAACAACUGCCAACCCACCAGCCAAAAGCCUUGGAAGUUCUUUCACCCCCUCCAUCAUGGUGUUUGUGGUUUAGGUGUACAUGAAGCUUUUAGAGUCCGACUGGAAGUCAGAAGUAGUUGCUUUUUGAUGAUGCACACUUAAUACCCCACUGCAAAGAAUCUCACGAUAUCAGUGAAUAUUGUUGUAUUUUUAUCAUACAUAUUGUGGUGUUCAAAAAAUGCAAUACCGUCCAAGGAUAAUGUAUGUCAUUGUGAAGUGUCACACACUCAAUGCUUGUUACCUAUACUUUGUUGCAUCCAUAUUUGUCAUAAAAUGAUCAGUUUCUUCAUGAAUGUGUAACCUUGUAGCUAUGGUAAGAGCUCUCAGGACAAUUCCAACACAAAUGAUCUGACUCUACCUCAUAUAUAAGCCAUUUUACUCCUUUCUGGACAGGAGCAAGUGGAGGAAAGUGUCUUAUGUCCCCAGAACAGAUUUAAAUAAACAUUCCAUUGUUGUUUAAAAGCAACCAGUUACAUUUGUAUCUACAGAGUGGAUACAUUACUUCAGAAAGUUUGAAUAAAUGUAACACAUGGGUUGCUGCAAUUUUUAUGGUGUGAAACAGAAAAAGUAUAAUGUAUAACACGUUCAGCAAGUCUAGAUGGUUUGACAUUAAACAAGAAAACACCAGGAAAGAUGUGUGAUUGGUUUGUUCUGAAGGGUACCGGUGAUAGACAAGUUGUGUAGGAGUUGGUAAAUGCUGUAUAAAGUCAACCGUGCUUGCUAAUUUGCCAUGGCUGAAAUACACACUGCAUUGGUUUCAUUUGGUUUUGCACUUUUUACUCUUACAUGUAUUUUGAAAUUAUUUGAGAUUUAAGAAAUAGGAUGAAAUUGGAAGCCUGGUUUUAACUGUAUUAAAGGUAAUUGAUUGCUUUUUGUUGGUAGUGCUUUUGAUUGAAUAUUAAAGAGCUAUAAUAAUAGAAUUGUAUCAUGUCUUGAAAAUAAUUACAUGUAUAUUCAGAAGUGUGGAAUGUAUGCAUUGAGCAGAUUGCUAAAUUGAAUGGAAGACACAUGUAGGAAAUCUGCAAGAGUUAUGCAAGCAGUCUUUCAGUACAGAUAUACAGACUACACUAUGAUAAUGUUAAUUAAGCGGUAUAUAUUGUUUUAGACGGUUGAGUGAGGGUGUAGCCUACUGUGGGUCAUGUAGUGUAACGAAGGUGUACUACAUGAGUUUGGAAGGAUUUUUUCCACCAACACAAGAUAUCCACAUGGUCACCAAAUCUAGAGUAGAUAUCUCUUUGUUGCACUGUCUAAAGUCCAGAUGUAUGCAACUUGUUUAAUUCACAACCAUAAAGGUCAAAUAGAUGAAAAGAAACAUUAGCCAAUAUAGCUGGGUCUUGGCAUUGAAAGGGUAAACAGUCAAUAGGAACAAAUUCAGAUCACUCCAUGUAUUUAAUGGAUAGUGUCAGAAAUUA